GCUAGUCGGGUGCAUGUCAAAUGCAAAGCAGGUUUAAGUGCUGGAACCCAAUAUGGCAUCUUGCAUGAGGAGCUUGUUCUCUGACCACAGCAGAUACGUGGAAUCUUUCCGGAGGUUUCUAAAUAAUUCCACGGAACACCAAUGCAUGCAGGAAUUCAUGGACAAGAAGCUGCCAGGCAUAAUAGCAAGGAUUGGAGAAACCAAAGCAGAAAUUAAGAUUCUGAGCAUAGGUGGAGGUGCAGGUGAGAUUGACCUGCAGAUUCUCUCCAAAGUCCAGGCUCAAUACCCAGGAAUCUGUAUCAGUAAUGAAGUUGUUGAGCCAAGUGCUGAGCAAAUUGUCAAGUACAAAGAGCGUGUAGCCAACACAUCAAACAUGGAGAAUGUAAAAUUUGCUUGGCACAAGGAGACAUCAUCUGAAUAUCAAAAACGGAUGUUGGAAGAAGAACCUCAAAAGUGGGACUUUAUUCAUAUGAUUCAGAUGCUGUAUUAUGUAAAGGAUAUCCCAGCUACUCUGAGAUUCUUCCAUGGUCUCUUAGCUGCCAACGCUAAGAUCCUCAUCAUCCUUGUCUCCGGAACUAGUGGCUGGGACAAGCUAUGGAAAAAGUAUGGAUCCCGCUUACCCAGGGAUGACCUCUGCCAGUACGUCACAUCCUCUGAUCUCACUCAGAUACUGGACGGCCUGGGGAUUAAGUAUGAGUGUUAUGACCUUUUGUCCACCAUGGACAUCACAGACUGUUUUACUGAUGGUAAUGAAAAUGGAGACCUGCUAUGGGAUUUUUUGACAGAAACUUGCAACUUUAGCAAAACAGCACCACCGGAUCUCAGAGCAGAAAUUAUGAAAGAUCUUCAAGAACCUGAAUUUAGUGUUAAGAAAGAGGGGAAGGUGCUUUUUAAUAAUAAUCUGAGUUUUAUAGUGGUUGAGGCAUAGCUAUAAAUCACGAGUAUUCAGAAUUUACAUUUUGCGUAACUAUUGGUUCAAACUAAUCUUACAAUAAGAAUAUAAUCUUAUCUCUUAUAAAUGAAAUCUCCAAAUUUUGGAGACAUUCUUGGUUUCCACUAGAAUCAUGUGGGCUACUUCGAGUUAUAUCUUGUUCUUGAAAGAUAACAUUCAGGCUGCACACUACCUAACUGGAAAGAUAUGGCUUGAGUUUCAUUGGAUUAUUACUAAUAAAAUUCUUUUCAUUUUCUCAUUGUUCUGGAAAUUCUAAGAAUAGUAAUAAAAAUGUGCCUCUAUACUUUGAAUAAUAGCAAAGUGACAUUUAUUGAUUAUUUCCCCACAGAAAGUAGAUAUGUCUCCACUUUUAAAGACGGGUUUGUCUUGCUAAUUUUUCUUAUUGUGGUUUCUAUUGUGCCUUUUAUUAAUAUCAUCACAAAGUUAGAGGUUGGUGGAUGGUUGCUCCAGAGGACCUGGGAUCAGUGUUCAGCAUGCAUGUCUUAUGCCUCGCAACCGACUGUAAGGCCAGCUUUAGAGAAUCUGAUGCUGUAUUCUGAUCUCUGGAGGCAUCAACAAUUGUGUGCACAUACCCCUCCUACACACAUAAUUAAGAAUUAAAUAAAUCUUUAAAAA